AUGCAACAAGAUAUGGAGAACUUUGAUUUCAGCGACAAAUUAAACGUUAAAGAACUAAAACUUAAGAACCCUUAAAAUCUUUAAAAAAUGAAUCUCUGCGCUACUAUUGCUGAUGCUCUUGAUAUUGCUUUGAAAACUGAUCCAAGUAGUGUUAUUUUUGGAGAAGAUGUAAAGUUUGGAGGUGUUUUUAGAUGCACCUAGGGUCUUAAUGAAAAAUACGGAACUGAUAGAGUCUUUAACACUCCACUUUCAGAGUAAGGAAUCGCUGGUUUCGCAAUAGGCUUAGCCUCUAGUGGUGCCAAUGCAAUUGCUGAAAUUCAAUUCGCUGAUUACAUAUUCCCAGCAUUUGAUUAAAUUGUAAAUGAAGCUGCUAAGUACAGAUAUAGAUCAGGCAAUGAAUUCGACUGUGGAAAACUAACAUUCAGAUCACCAUCUGGUGCUGUAGGUCAUGGUGCACUUUAUCAUUCUUAAUCUCCGGAAGCCUACUUUGCUCAUACUCCAGGCCUUAUUACUGUAGUUCCAAGAUCUCCAGUUCAGGCCAAAGGUCUCUUAUUAUCUAGUAUAAGAAACAACAAUCCAGUUUUGUUCUUUGAACCAAAAAUAUUGUAUAGAAUUGCAGAGGAAGAAGUCCCAGUUGAAGAUUAUGAAAUUCCACUAAUGAAGGCUGAGGUUUUAAAAGAGGGAACUGAUCUAACUAUUAUCUCAUGGGGAACAUAAUUAAGACAAGUGAGAAUGGCAGUAGCAAUGGCUGAGAAAGAAUUUGAUGUUUCUUGUGAGAUUAUUGAUCUAAGGACUAUUUUCCCUUAUGAUGAAGAGACUGUUCUUUAGAGUGUUAAAAAGACAGGUAAAUGUAUAGUGACUCACGAAGCUCCCAUCUCUGGAGGAUUUGGAGCAGAACUAGCUGCCAAAAUUUAAGAAAAAUGCUUCCUUCACUUAGAAGCACCUGUUAGAAGAGUUUGUGGCUAUGACACCCCAUUUCCACUUGUGUUUGAGACUUUCUACUUGCCAGAUAGAUUCAAAAUUCUAGAAGCAAUCAAAGAAACUGUUAAAUAUUGA